CAGUGCAACUGAACCGGUCAAAUCACUCUACUUACGAGAGCGACGCGGACCGAACGCACCGCUGAAAUCGAACCGCUGGCCGGCUCGAUUGGUUGAGUUGUUAUUUGGGCCAGACAGGGGAUGGAUAAGCUUCUGACGCUGCACGAAAUUGGUUGCUUAGUGGGCAUGUCGUUCCACUUGGCAUGCAUCCAUUGGUCCUUUACAUGACUCGGUUCAUACGCAAUCAUUGGAGACAGACCCCGUGUUCCCUCGCAGUCAACGCCGUCGACAUUCCGGGCCGCCCUCCGCCUGGCCCAUCCAACGGUCCGAGUCGAUCGCCUCCGAGUAAGAUAAAACUGAAGCAUCGCCGCAGCUUCGUGCCGUUAUCUCCUCUCCGCAAAACUCCGAUCUCUCUCUCUCUCUCCCGGGUCGAUCGUCCAGUGUUUGUUCCUGAUCGAAUCAAGCUGUUCGAUCUCGAUUCUGGGAGGUAGAUCUCGUUCCCUUGUUCGAUCGGUUUUAGGGAUUCAGGGUCCGUUUCUAAAUUUUUUCUUUAGAUCUCGUUCUUGGAAAAUUCUAGCAGCUAAGUCGUAUUUCAUUCUGAAAAUGACGGUUGGAUCUUCGCUACAUUUGCUCCAUGAACUGUGUGUUGCCCAAAGCUUUCCCCAAAACAGUCGACCUAAGAACUUUAGAUCAAAGGAGUGGAACCGGGUGAAGGCUUCUCUCCUUUCUUCUAAUGUUUGGAGAAAAGAUGCUCGGAGUGUCCAUGUUUCAAACGGGACAUACAAGUCGAGGUUUUGCAUUACAUACAAAUGCAGUGUUUUCAAAUGCCAGUCAUUUAAUAUGCCAAGCACUGGAGAUGUAAUCCCUCAUUUAAGAAAUACUACGUUGGCUUUGACUAGAUCAUGCAAUGCAUUGUUUGGAAGUCAUUCUCUUCAAUUAAUCCCUGCUGUUGGACUUAUUGCUUUUUCUAUAUGGGGUCUUGGGCCGAUGGUGUGCUAUCUUAGAAGCCUAUUUAGUAAUGACAGUAACUGGAAAAAGAGUAAAACAUACUAUAUUUCAACCUCAUACGUUCAACCACUGCUUCUUUGGACCGGAACCAUGCUUAUCUGCAGAUUUUUGGAUCCUGUAGUUCUACCCUCUGAAGCAAGCCAAAUAGUUAAAAACCGAUUUCUGAACUUCAUAAGAUCCUUAUCAUCAGUUUUGGCCAUUGCCUAUUGUUUCUCAAGCUUCAUUCAACAGUCACAAAAAUUCUUCACUGAGACUAGUGCUGAUGAAACAAGAAAGAUGAGUUUCCAAUUUGCUGGAAGAGCUGUAUAUACAGCGGUAUGGGUUGCUGCUGUUUCUUUAUUUAUGGAGCUGCUGGGAUUUUCUACCCACAAAUGGGUCACUGCUGGUGGUCUUGGUACAGUUCUACUGACUCUUGCUGGCCGUGAGAUAUUUACAAAUUUUCUUUCAAGUGUUAUGAUACACGCAACUCGGCCUUUUGUUGUCAAUCAAUGGAUUCAGACUAAGAUUGAGGGCUAUGAUGUUUCUGGUAUUGUAGAGCAUGUUGGCUGGUGGUCUCCGACUAUCAUAAGAGGUGAAGAUCGUGAAGCAGUUCAUAUUCCUAAUCAUAAAUUCACUGUUAAUGUUGUGAGAAACCUCAGCCAGAAGACACAUUGGCGUAUUAAGACCCACAUUGCCAUCAGUCAUUUGGAUGUUGAUAAAAUUGGCAACAUUAUAGCAGAUAUGCGAAAAGUUUUAGCAAAAAAACCUCAAAUAGAACAGCAGAGGUUGCAUCGAAGAGUAUUUCUGGAUAUUAUCGACCCAGAAAAUCAAGCUCUUAUGAUUCUUAUAUCAUGCUUUGUCAAGACCUCACAUGUUGAGCAGUACCACUGCGUAAAGGAAAGUGUUAUGUUAGAUCUCCUCAGAGUCAUCAGCCAUCACAGAGCUAGACUCGCAACUCCUAUUCGUACCGUCCAGAAAAUAUACAAUGAUACAGAUGCUGAAAACAUUCCCUUUGCAGACAGUGCUUUUAGACAUCCUGCCUCAUCCCGUCACUCAUUUUUUUUGAUUGAUUCUCAAUCAAGACUGAACAGUGAAGACAAGUUCAAACCUCGUGCAAACCAAGAUCAAAUCAAUAAGACUGCUGCUACAAUAGAGACCAAGUCAGUUCCAUCUACUGGUGGUGGGAACUCAUCCAGGCACCAGAGGAAGGCAGAUUCUGGAGAUGCUUUGCCAAAAAACAUGAAAGCUGGCAUAGCAGAUGCACCCUCAUUCGAUUUUUCAUCCACAUCACAGCUUUGCAACCCAGAUACGGAAGAGUCGACUCCAAGAGUUGAUAGCCAAAAGCCUUCAGCGUCUGUGGCUGUAGGUGAGGGAGUUGAUACAAAAAAUGUAGAAAAGGUGCAGAGUAAGAAACUGCAAGCACCCAAGCCAGUCUUCGAAGAUAACAUUGUCCUAGGGGUGGCUCUUGAAGGGUCAAAGCUUACACUCCCCAUCGAAGAAGGAAUGAGUUCAUCUGCGCAAUUUGAUGGAAAUGAGGUUACCUUUGGCAGCAGUGUUAAUUCACCUAUUAAGACUUCUAAGGAAAUUAAAGGAUCAGUUGACAAGAGGGACCAUGAUAGCUGACUCUGGGCAUUAUGACCGCUCGAGGUGACAUUAUGACCAAAUGAAAAAAAAAAAUCUUGUUGAAUUGAUUUGGAUGACCUUGUUUAUAGGCUGAUGAAAUAGUGGCAUCCGAUUUGUCUGUUUUGAUUAUCAUUGUAUACAGGACAUGGAUGAGGAAUUACUUUUGAUUUUCCUCUCCAAGUUGUUUCUUAAUAAACAAGCUGUGAGCUGAAUAAAAGAAAAAAAAAACAUUGUUAUA